AUGGAUUACGGCUACAAUUCGGCCGGCUUUCAAGCGGUCAUCGAGGCGCAUCCUUGCAUCGCAAAUGUCGGCGACGUGCCGACCUUAUGCGCAAUAGUUGGCGAUUCCGUUUACACUUUUCUAAUCUGCGUAGCGAUAGUAUCUGCGAUCAACUUUAGCUUGAUCCUCUUCCCGGUCCUUCAUUCAAUCUAUAUCUUGUAUGAAAAACGCAGUCAGAUGAGUGACAAGACGCGGCGGCUACAGAGAAGCUUCUUCCUCAGUAUUUUGUUACAGAUGGCCAUACCAUUUACCUCCCUGGCGGUACCUUGGGUGUAUUUUAUAGCAGCUGCAUUAAUAGAUUUUGAACCGCUUGUCCUCUGGAACGACCUGCUCUUCACCGGAUUUUGCUCACAUGGUUUUCUGAAUUCUAUCUCGGUGAUCUUGAUUUAUCGGCCAAAAUCAUGGGGCGAAUAUAUGGGACAAGUUUUGCCCGUCCAUCCGGCAGAGCUCUCCACCGCCGCCGAGAAAGUCGAGAAAAUGAAGCGUCUCAAGAUGGACUAUGGUUAUUAUUCAGAUGGUUUUCAGGCCACGAUACAGAAACAUCCAUGCGUCGGCAACGUCGAUGCGGAUGAUCCAACUCUAUGUGCUAUCGUCGGCGACUCGGUUUAUACGUUCCUCAUUUGUGUCGGCAUUGUGUCCAUCGUGAAUUUGAACUUGUUUGUCCUCCCAGUUGCCCACUCUAUUUUCAUUUUGUAUAGUAAACGCAGUCAGAUGAGCGUAAAGACACGGAAGUUACAACGGAGUUUCUUCUUUAGUAUUCUUUUACAGGUAGCCCUGCCUUUCGUCUUCUUGGCAGCUCCCUGGAUGUAUUUUAUGAUCGCUGCUAUAAUCGAUUUUGAGCCUCUGAUUCUCUGGAACAACCUGCUCUUUACCGGCUUUUGCUCGCACGGCCUUUUCAACUCGUGGGCCGUGAUCAUAAUUCAUCGCCCGUAUCGCGAGGAGUUGUUUCUUAUACUUUUCAGGAGGACUCUGGACGAAUAUCUCGGAAGGGGAAUGCGCGUCCACCCGGCCGAGCUAUCGACUGCCGCCGAGAAAGCGGAGAAAAUCAAGCGCAUCAAGCUGGCGUUAAAGAUGGUUGCGCCCAAGCAAAAUCAAGUACCAGUGGUGUUGGGGCUUGCCUUCGACGCACUCGUGCAAAGUUACGCCCCCGAGAUGUUCUUCCCGGCGACCGCCGGUCGGAUGCUAGGACCCUGGUACUGGAUUUUCGGGUUAGGCGUGAAAUCUGGCCUGGUCUGUGCUGCCGUGUUCUACGCAUUUGCGCUGGAAGCAAUCGUUCAAUCAUCUCGUUCAAGCAUCAGCGCCUUCUACCCGCUGGUAGCGCUUGGAAUCCUGGCCAUGUACCAACCGGUCUUGGAUUGCGGUUAUUACACUGUGGGUGUGCAGCAGCUGAUUGAGAAAUACCCAUGCCUGGCUCUCGUUUACGAAAAGCCCGAUAUCUGUGCUAUUGCGCCGGGUGAUUCUGCCGGGGUUAGCUGGAUACUGGUCGGAACCGUUAGCGUCAUCAACUGCAGCCUGUGCGGUGUCUUCGCGUUUCACUCAAGUUAUCUGCUCUUCGGCACGCGCACCAAUGUGAGCACGAAGACGAAGAAGCUUCAGCAAGCGUUUUUCUUGAGUCUCCUGGUGCAGCUUCUAAUCUCAUUUUUCUCCCUGGCAGCUACGCCAAUUUGGUUUCUAUUUGUGACGGUGGUUGGGCUUCGCCCAGCUCUGGUGUUCAACCAAGUGCUGCUCGGCGCAUUCUGCUCGCACGGGCUGCUCAAUUCCUUAUCCGUUAUUUUUAUUUAUCGACCAUAUCGCAACUGCGACUACGGGGUCCCUACGGCCUACGCGACCUACGGCGGGAUACUGCCCUACGUAAGCUACCCCAUGGCCGCGUUUGCGCUAUAUUUGAUUAUUUGGCGAUCUCCGGAUUUUAUGAAAGACUACCGGAUCCAUUUGGUGAUUUUACAGUGUUGUUCUAUCAUCUACGAGCUGGUGUUGUUAAUGAUGGUGAUGGAGGUGUGGUUUCCGGCCUGGGGAGCCCGAUUUCAUGGGCCAUGGGGUGGCCACUUCAGUUGUAGAUAUUCACUUCUUGCCGGAACGAUCGUGACGGGGCUCGUGAACGAGGCGAUCGUCCAAAUUCUAUCGUUCAAACAUCAGCAACUGUUGCCGCAUAAGAGCCGUUUCCGGGUUAGAAAACGUACCUGGGUGAUCCUGCUGGUCAUUUUCUACAUCCAGCAGCAAGCUGCGUUGGGCUAUGCCGCCGGCGGCAUUCCGCUUUAUGACGGCUACGACACGCCGGCCAUGCAAAAUAUCUUUAGUCAAUACCCCUGUCUCUCCCUGGUCGGUGACGUUUCCGGUCUUUGCGCUCCAGAAGAGGACGCACCGAUUCGAGUUUGCGCCUACGCUGUGCUCUAUAUAAUCGCCAGUAAUACAAUACUGCUCUUCAUCCAGCUCAUUGCGAUGGGCGCUCCAUGGAUUUGGGUGAUGGGAUCAACGCUCGCAGGCCUGGGAUUGCAUCUCACCUUGAACCACGUCUUGUUCGGUAUUUUCCUCUCCCACGGCCUGAUCAAUUCCUUGACGACGAUUUUCAUUAUCAAGCCAUAUCGAUUAGAGAAAAAAUUGGGAAGACGUCAUGUCACCAAAAUCCUCUACGAUUCAAGUAUCGGAAAUGACAAUAACGCCGUCGAAUCUUCAGAAAAGAGCAUCGAUUCAGCCGCUGAGUGUUGGCAUGGAAAU